GGAAUUCGGUGGAGCCCAGCGUCUGGGAAGGGCAGGAAGAGGCAGGGAACGGCGAGGAACGCCCCCUGCAACUCUCCCACCUCAUGAACCGGAGCCGGUGAUAGGUCGGGCGUCGAGCUCUACCUGCUUAUCCUGUGGGCGGUCAAUCUGGUAGAUUUGUAAGCAAACAGAUGCUUCCCGUACCGCGAUGUCCCGCAGCCUUUCUGCGAUAUUGUUGAGGGAGUUAGGCGAGCGUUCAGCUUCUAUGCGUUUCUCCUUUCACGAGCUUCAGUUAUUAUCUGGAAGCGAGAGCGCAUGGCGACAGUCCCUCACUGUCCCGUACUACCUGCUCACCCCCUAUUCCAGAAUGCAAAUUAAAUGCUGAGGGGGUAGAUCCCUAUGUCCACUUUCCGCCCUCUGAUAAGGAUUUUCUUUCUCUGCUUUUUACCGGUAACAUUGCAGUUCAUCAUAGUGGUAGCGGCCACCUGGUGUCCUGAGGUGGAUUAUAAAUAAAUGAAUGAAUGAAUGAAUAAGACCUCGUCGAAGGAAUUCUGAAGAGGAUUGAAUCUAUUCUGAUGGGGAACAUUCCUUAUGAAGCUACUGAAGAACAGUUAAAGGACAUCUUUUCUGAGGUUGGACCUGUUGUUAGUUUCAGGUUGGUAUAUGACAGAGAGACAGGAAAACCAAAAGGUUAUGGCUUCUGUGAGUACCAAGACCAGGAGACGGCCCUGAGUGCCAUGCGGAACCUGAAUGGGCGUGAAUUCAGUGGUAGAGCACUUAGAGUAGAUAAUGCUGCUAGUGAGAAGAACAAAGAAGAGCUGAAGAGCCUUGGCACCGGUGCCCCUGUCAUUGAGUCACCUUAUGGAGAGACCAUCAGUCCUGAGGAUGCCCCUGAGUCCAUUAGCAAAGCAGUUGCCAGCCUUCCACCAGAACAGAUGUUUGAGCUGAUGAAACAAAUGAAGCUUUGUGUCCAGAAUAGUCCCCAGGAAGCACGGAACAUGUUGCUUCAGAACCCUCAACUGGCUUAUGCCUUACUGCAAGCACAGGUGGUGAUGAGAAUUGUGGAUCCAGAGAUUGCUUUGAAAAUUUUGCAUCGCCAGACAAAUAUUCCAACACUGAUUGCAGGCAACCCUCAGCCAGUCCAUGGCAGUGGGCCUGGCCCAGCAUCCAGCGUAUCAAUGAACCAGCAAAAUCCUCAGGCUUCUCAGGCCCAGUCUUUGGGUGGAAUGCAUGUCAAUGGCGCACCUCCUUUGAUGCAAGCUUCUAUGCAGGGUGGAGUUCCAACACCAGGGCAGAUACCAACUGCUGUAACAGGACCUGGCCCUGGUUCCUUACCUCCUGGAGGGGGUAUGCAGGCCCAGGUUGGAAUACCAGGAAGUGGACCAGUGUCCUUGGAGAGGGGACAAGUGCCGAUGCAAGACCCCAGAGCAGCUAUGCAGCGUGGACCCUUGCCUGCCAGUGUUCCAACUCCUCGAGGUCUGUUAGGAGAUGCUCCAAAUGACCCACGUGGAGGCACUUUACUUACUGUAACUGGAGAGGUUGAGCCUAGAGGUUACAUGGGACCACCCCAUCAGGGUCCACCCAUGCACCAUGUCCCUGGCCAUGACAACCGUGGCCCACCCCCACAUGAGAUGAGGGGAGGGCCAUUAACAGAGCCCAGACCUUUAAUGGCAGAGCCGAGAGGACCCAUGAUCGAUCAGAGGGGUCCACCCUUAGAUGGCAGAGGUGGAAGAGAUCCCCGAGGAAUGGAUGCGCGAGGGAUGGAGGCACGAGCCAUGGAGGCAAGAGGAUUGGAGGCCCGUGCGAUGGAGGCCCGUGCGAUGGAGGCCCGUGCGAUGGAGGCCCGCGCGAUGGAGGCCCGUGCGAUGGAAGUCAGAGGAAUGGAAGCCAGAGGCUUGGAUACAAGGGGCCCAGUCCCUGGCCCUAGAGGCCCUAUGCCCGGUGGAAUCCAGGGUCCUGGACCAAUUAGCAUGGGGGCCGUUGGUCCCCAGGGAUCUAGGCAGGUCCCAGUCAUGCAGGGAGCGGGCAUGCAAGGGGCAGGCAUGCAAGGGGCAGGCAUGCAAGGGGCAGGCAUGCAGAGUGGAGGCCAGCCUGGUGGCUUUAGUCCUGGGCAGAACCAAGUCACUCCACAGGAUCAUGAGAAGGCUGCUUUGAUUAUGCAGGUUCUUCAACUGACCGCAGACCAGAUCGCCAUGCUGCCUCCUGAACAAAGGCAGAGUAUCCUGAUCUUAAAAGAACAGAUACAGAAGUCUACUGGAGCGCCUUGAAAGGUUUUCAAAAUACCUGGCAACAAAUCUGGAAAAUAGUUCCAUAACUCUGUUGAAAUGCUGAAAAGAUGACUUCUAUAUCCUAACCCUUGAACGACUCAGAUUGGUGCCAGGUGGAGGACUCCCAUCACCUUAUCUCAGAACAAAAUCACUUCAUUUCUGUUGUCUUAGUUUGUAUAUUUUCUGUGACUUGAAAUAAACUUUGAACACAAUUUUAGUAUACUGCAAAUUGAUAUAUAUGACCUUUUUGCUUUUAAAAAGCUGUGAAGAACAAGGGAGAAACCUUAGAAUUGUUUCCUACCCUUAACCACAGUAUUGUGCUUUAAUGUUACAUUGCCAUAGCUCUGCUUCUGCUUUUAAGUUAGCCGUUUGUUCUUAUGAUGAAAGUAUUUGAGAAUUUCUCAGAAGCAGUGUUUUCUGGAACUUAGUUUUUGUUUAGUUUGCUUUCAGUGGGAAUGAUAAGGCUUUGUCCUUUGAGAACUUUCUAGAAUUUCCUUAUGAGUCUACUGGGAUAAAAUAGCAAGUUCUUAGAGAUGUGAAAUGGUCAAAGGCCAACCAAACAAAGAGCCUAGCAGAGCAGUGUGUUUAGAAAAAUCCAAAUAUCAAAAUGCAUUUUGAUGUCAAUAGUAGAUCUGUUCACACAUAUAGUUCAGACUUAAGGCAAAGACAUGUUAGCACUGGUUAUAAGAGACUGUUGACAUUUACUCGUCUGUUCUAAAACUCAAGAAAAGCCACUAAUUUUUCCCAUGUUUAAGGUGAAAUAAAAACUGAACAGAAAUAAAUUAACAAAGUACAUUUCAUCCUAUCUUCUAGGUAGUCACUAGCCUACAAUUUACCCUAUAACUGUAUGUAUUCUGGUAAAACAUAGCAAACCCUAAAAUGUCUAUAUUUUUCUCAUUUAUUUUAAGAGGACCAAAUGUAGAGCACAAGCUGUCAGAUUACCCUUUAGGUCUGCCCCUGCCUACUUCCUUGUAGACAGGCAUGAGCAUAAGCAGUGCCACUGGCUCUAACCUAUGGGUCUUCCAGCCUAGUGUUUUCUCUGUCAUAGUGGCAUUAAGGGGAAACAUGCUUUCUCUCCAUCAGGCCACCUUCAAGAGGCUGAGAGUUGCCUUAAUAAUUAGUCAAGUUCUCCUGGAACUACUCUUGAGCCUGUAUUCGCAGAAUCCUACCCCUGGGUUAGGAUUGUGGUCAGGUAAGCCUGACGUAGGCUUAGAGAAUGUAAUAGCAUAUUGCUUACAUGCAAAGCAAAAGAAUAGAAAGAUAAUCAACUUCAUGAGAGACACUGAAAUUGAGGAGUUUUCUACUCUGAUAUAGACACUGACAACAAAAAUUUUCUGGAUGUGGUAUUUCAUAUUACAACCUAAAAAGCCAAACUUGCUUAAAACAGCAGAGGAGCUUUCUGAGUAUCCUGAUGAUCCCCAAGUCAGGAUGUUGAUUAUGAGUAGGAUUUUUUAUUACCAUUGCCUUUUCAGCCUAAUUCCAUCAAUAUUCAGACCUUGAUAUGCUGAUCUUGGCAGCACUCGUAUCUGGAAGUGUAGUGUAUCUGGACUUCAAGAGUGAAACUUUCCUCAAUAGGAAUUCAUAAGUUUCAAGGGAACAUUAAGAUUCCAAAUCAAGGUCAUUGAAGAUCCAGGGACAAUUAGAUUAGCAGUUGUCUGAUAGGAACCAUAGCUUCAAGGUUUCAUUGUGCAUUUUCCUAAAGCCUUAUUAGACUUCAUAUAGAUAGCUAAAAUCUGGGUGAACAAAUUGGCAGCAGCAAUGAUAGCCCAAUCCUUCCCAAGGGAAACACUCAUCAGUAUUUUCUCCUGAUGUCCAGUUAAUAAAGUAAAUACACUCAGCUACCAUGAGUUGAUGACCUACCUUUAUUGUGUUUGGACUAGUGACUGGAAAAAAUAAUAAUCCUUCAAGCCAUAUAGGUUUCUGAAUAAUUAAAAACAAUCACUUCUUCAUUCUUGGUCACUUAAGGGUAGAGAGAUAGUGCCAUAAUCCUAAUUCAGUAGAAACAUUCUUAGAAAUCUAUGAGUUGGAUUGUCUGGGCACAAUGAUGUGUGGCAUUUCCAACUUUUAGGGGCCCAGUCUUCUUUCCUCUUAGUGAUUCACUGUGACUAUUAACAUCCCAGGGCAGGUGCAGUCACUGCAGGCCAAGGGCAGAUAGAUGGUCGAAAUAAAAAGCAUUUUAAUGAGAGAAAGAAAAGUCGUUCUGCUUAUGUCACUGGGUGAAUAAGUCCUUUGUGAAUAGGUAACUAGAAGCCCUACCAAAAAAAAAAGUGUAUUAAAAUUCUAAACGCUUUACCUUUUAAAAAAACUAAACAAUAAAUGCCCUUAAUAAAAAUAGCUGUAACAGCCCCUGUUGACUAAAUAAGCCAUCCUAAGAUGGGGUUCAAGUUUUUUGCAGUUAUUUCCAGCAGAACAAUACAAACUAAUAAGGACAUAAACACAUGAAAUGUACUUUCAAGAUUUUCUUCCCCAAAUGGAGAGCCCAGAAAAAGUAACAAAAGACUCAUUGAGCGGUUAAGAAAAUCCUUCACUUUUUGAUGAGCAAAAAUAUUAAAGCCUAAAUUGCUGUUCACACUGGGUAAAACCAUGUUUAAAAUGACAGUAAGAAUGUACAUCGUUGGUGUUAUAUGGGGAUGGGGUUCUCGGUAAUUUUAUGUUCAUUGUUUUGUUAUUUAUGUUUAUUAUGUUUUGUCAUUAAUUAUUCAAUAAAUUUUUAUUUAAAAUC